GGUAGUGAUCACGGUUAAUAAAUAAUAAAAACGUUCUAAGCAUAUAUAUUUACAAAUAAAAUAUGGUAAUAAUUUGAAAAACUCCUUAAUAAGUGACAUUAGAAAAUAUUUUUUUUUAUCAAGCUUGUGCAAAUGUGUUAGUAUUGAAAGAAGGUUUUAACGGAAAUUUUAAACAUGGAUUUCUCAUUGGAUAAUCAAUCAACAACUAAACUCGCCGAUAUGACGGAUCAGAAAGCAGUAGAUCACCAAAAUGAAACAAUUGCGGAAAAUGCCAAGAAAUCGAAACUUCCCAAAAGAAUUUGCCUUGUUGGAACAGUUGUAGACGACGAUGAAGUAGCAAGUGCAGCAAAAUUAUUCAACGUUCCUGUUUUGUCAUCUGAAACGGGAAAGGAAUUUUGCGAUGAUGACACUUGGAUGACGUAUUAUAUCUUAAAAGAAUUUGAAGGUCCGAUAUUUGAAAAUAUUUACAGAGCUGCUGUAAAAAAUAAAAUUUUGGGCCCGCCCGCGCUCUUAUCGGCUUCAAAGAAUGUCUCCGAUGGAUUGCCGCAACAUAACCGACCAAUUUAUAAUUACAGCAUGAAAGGAGUUGUAACAACUUUCACAGGAAUUCGUAAAAGAGAUGAAUUGACUCAAUUAGUUCAUCUCAUUCAUUUCAUGGGAGGAUCAAUAAGAAAAGAAAUGAAUCAUCGAGCAACUCAUUUAAUUUGUUCGAACGCUUAUGGCGAGAAAUAUCGAUAUGCCUUAACAUUUCGUUUGAACGUUGUUCGUUCGUCGUGGGUUUUAAAUGCUUGGGAGAAUCGAAACGAAGCUGAAUUUUCAGCUACAAAUGAAACAUUUACAACAAAUCAUAGAUUGAAAAUCUUCGAAGGAUGUCGCGUUGCUUUCAUUGGAUUUCCUGAUUUUGAGAAAGCAAAUAUGGCAGAUCUCCUUCGAUCUUAUAAUGGAAUUGAGACAACGAGUGAUGAUGACACAUGCACUCAUAAAAUUAUCGCUGAUUGUCCUGUUUUCGCAAAUGACGUGAAUAAUGCAACAUUCGAUAACAGCAACGCAGUCUGCGACGAUGAUUUUGUAGGUGAUGAUGAAGAUAAAGAAGAAAACUUUGAUGAUACGAAUGAUUAUGCAUCACAAAUCAUACAGAGGAAACAUGAAUCGUUUUUGCGACAUUUUGAGCAGAUUGAAAAGGAUGGAUGCGACUUACCGAUAGUAAUGGAAGAAGAUGAAGCCUCAAAAUCUGCUACAAGUACAGAACAGAAUAAUAAAAGUAAGAAAGAUCAUGACGGAGUUAUUUUGCGUGAUGAAGACGGCGCGUUCUCAAAUGCUCGAAGUAUUUCUCCAAUAUUCAAGCCUUCAAUUGAUGAACGACGAGUUGAACAAACGACAGCAGCGAAGGUUACGACAAGUCAAGAAGAAGAUUACGACGCAUUUCCUUAUGAUUCUAUUUAUGAUGAAUCACAACGAGAAACUGGCAAACGUAAGCGACUUGCUGACGAAAGUUUUGAAAACUUUUCGUUCAUGUCUACGGAAUCGACGAAAAAACCAAAAUUAAGUCGUGCAGGUUCAAUAACAAAAACUUUCAAACGACGAAUGAGUUUCGGGAUUGCAACGCCAAUAAAGAAAAUAUUUAAACAGAGACGAAAUUCAAGCGAUAGCAACAGCAGCAUUUGUUCAACGUUGACGAAUUUGGAAACAACUUUCAAUGAAUCGAUUAAGGAGCCGAUCAAAGAAAAGUUUCGUCAAAUUAAGCACAAAGUUUGUAAACUUAGCAAAAGUGUUACAACAACGCCAAAAUCAGCUAAAGUUAAAGCACGUUUAACUGCAUCAAAUUUAUCAAACUUCAAAGACAUUUGCAAGUUGAAAUCUUAUGAUGAUUAUGCACAAAAUACUCCAGAAACAUCGAUCAUUGAUUCUGAUGCCAUAGAGUUUAAAACACCAAAAGUUCCGUGUCCAAACUCAGUUGUUGAUGAAAGUACUGUUAAGUACGAUCAUGGUUCAGAAGAAUCAAAAUUCUUUGUGGUCAAAGCGGAAUGGUUUUGGACUCGAAUUGCUGAAGGAUAUGCACCAGAAGAUGAUUUCUUAUACAAAGAUUACAUGCAAAGUAUAAGAAACGAACAAGCAGAGAAAUGUGAAAGAAGAGAUUCGUUAAUUAAUUACAGUGCAAAAACACAAAGAAAACGUAAACGCUUAUCACGUAUUGUGAACGAUGGAACACCUGUAAGUGCUGGGAAAAGAAGAUCAUCAAUAUCAGAUGCUGGAAUUCUCUCAGAAAGUCUCAUUGACUAUACAGCAAGUCCUGAUAAGAAUGAAACACCAAAAAGUUCUGAAGACAUUGUUAAUGAAUUUUCGACAAAAAAGUUCUCAAUGCGUCAUAAUCAUUUCAUGGAUUUCUAUCAUACAGAGUCGAACUAUGUUGGAAUUUUGGAAACAAUCGUGAAAUUAUUUAAACUUCCACUUGAAAAAAUGGCAGACGAGAAUCCCGAUGAAAGCGAUCUUCUUAACAAGUCUGAAGUGAAAGCAAUUUUCAGUAAUUUCCUUCCAAUUUAUGAAGUUCAUCGUAAGAUGCUUAACACAUUACAAGAAAUUAAUUCAAGUUGGAAAGAAGAUUGCGCUAUUGGUCAAAUAAUUUUGGAUAAUCGUGACAGUUUGUUGAAAGCUUAUCCACCUUAUGUGAAUUUUUUUGAGCAAAUGAAGACAACAUUAAUAGAAGCAGCUCAAUCAAAGCCUCGAUUUCAAGCCUUUCUAAAGAUAAAUCAAGCAAAACCUGAAUGUGGUCGUCAAUCACUUCAAGAUCUCAUGAUUCGACCUGUACAACGUCUUCCAAGCAUAAGUCUUCUCUUAAAUGACAUUUUAAAGCACACACCGAAGGCAAACAGAGAUCAGGAUUUGUUAAGUGAAGCUUUGAAGGCGAUUAAAGAAGUUAUGACUUAUAUUAAUGAAGAUAAACGCAAAACUGAAGGACAAAAGCAAAUGUUUAACAUUUUCAAUGAGAUUGAGAACUGUCCACCACAUUUGAUAUCAUCACAUCGAAGUUUCAUUUCACGUUGUGAAUGCACGGAAUUGUCUGAGACUUUAAGUGGACGUGGUGAUUCACUUGUGCUCUUCCUUUUUACUGACACGCUUGUUAUUUGCAAAAAACGUUCACGUUUUCACAGUUCGAAAUCACCAAAUUCAACGAAAAGCAACUCAUCGAGCAUUAAGCCUUAUAAACAUAUCAAAUUAAUUCCACUUUCAUCAAUUCGAACUCUUGCUGACAUUAUGGACAGUCCCAGAGCUUUUGCAAUCUCACUUCGCAGCAGUAUAAACAUUCAAGACAUGAGUAAAGAUAAACUUUACUCAUUCACAUUUAGACUGGCAACGCGUACAAGGUUGAAAGUUGGUCGUGCUUUUUCAUUUACAAAGACACCGUCGAGGAAGAUUCGAGGAAGUAACGUUUCUUUAACGCCAUCAACAAUCUCUUCAAUGAGUCACUUGAAACUUCAAUCAAGCUUGACAUUAAAUGACUUUGACAUGGAACGUAAAACUCAUGAUUCGGUUCCAGUUCCACUUACUGAUCAGAUGUCUCGAAAAAACAUGAAUCCUACAGGCCUGGGCGAUAUGUAGAUAAUUAAACGAUGAAUAUUUUCAAGAAGAAGAAAUAAGAAAGAUUUCAAAAUAUAUUUUAGAAUAUUUUUUAAGUGUAAAAAAUUACUGAAAGUAAAACUUCCUAAGCAGA